GGCAUGAAUUUAUCUGUCUGAUGAUUUCAUUUAUAGGUUUAGGUUAAAGUCUCCAUAUUCAUAAAAGUCUAAUAAUAAAUUAAGUUUUAAUAAUUGCAAAACUGUCCCGGUUCUUCCAUUUUUUUACUAAUUUAUAAAUAAAUAUUAGAAGAUGGCUUUAAAGGAAGUGUCGAGUAGUAAGUGUUUUGGAGGCUAUCAAAAGGUGUUUUCUCAUGAUAGCAAAGAGCUGAAAUGUCGCAUGAACUUCGCGAUCUACCUGCCGGCCGAGACGACCGAUUCACAACGAGUGCCAGUCAUCUACUGGCUGUCGGGUCUGGAGUGCAACGAACUCAACUACGUGCAGAAAGCCGGCGGACAGAGGUUCGCUAGCGAACACGGCAUCGCUGUGGUCUGUCCUGAUACCAGUCCAAGAGGGUGUGGAAUAGAGGGCGAGGAUGACCGAUGGGAUUUUGGCACUGCUGCCGGGUUCUACCUGGACGCCACCCGUGAGCCAUGGGCCACCAACUACCGCAUGUACUCCUAUGUCACACAGGAGCUGCCGCAACUCAUCACCCAACACUUCCCCGCCCUGGAUACUAGCAGGCAGAGCAUCAUGGGUCACAGGUGGGUCAUAUACUGUCUCUCAAUCACAAUGAAUCAAUUAUGUCAAUUGAAUUAAAGCUAUCAAUUGCUG